AUGGCAAAUGAUGAUGAUGGGUUUGGGAUGGACAAUGAGACGGUGGAGGAAAAGAGAAGAAAUAUUAAACCAGUUUUGGAUAGGUGGAAGAGAAUGAGAAUGAAAAAGAAAAAUAAAAGUGUGAAGAGCAGAUUGGAAGAUAAUGAGGGGGCAUUUUUUAUUAACGAAGAGGUUGGACAUCAUGAGAUAAAUGAAGAUUAUGAUACAAAUGAGUUGUCUUCAAAUUUAGAUAAUGGUGAGGAUGUGAGGGAGAAUAAGAGGCACUUUCCAAAGUAUAUAGCAGAAGAUAUGACGAAGGGCUUCAAAUUUAGAUUGGGAAUGAAGUUUAAGUCUUUGAAAGAUUUUAAGAGUGCGCUGCAGGAGCAUAGCGUUUUGAAUGGAAAAGAAGUGAAGUUUGUCAAUAAUGAUUUGAAGAGAGUAAGGGCAAUUUGUAAGAAGGGGUGUGGUUUUGUUAUUAUGCCUAGCAAGGUAGGAAGUAGCCAAACCAUCAGAGUGAAAACUCUAGUUCGGCACAAGUGUGGAAGGGGUUUUGGUAGCAAAAGUGCAAGUGUAGAAUGGAUUGCACAGGCUGGAAGAGCUAAGAAAAUUGCAAUGGAUUCUUUAGUGGGUGAUGGAGAAAGACAAUAUGUUCGUCUUUAUGACUAUGUGGCUGAGUUAUUAAGAGUGAAGGCUGGAACCUUCAAGAUAUUGGUCAAUCAACCCGAACCCACCUUGCCACCAAGGUUUGGGUCAUUUUACAUGUGUUUGGAUGGCUGUAAGGAGGGGUUUUUAGGUAGUUGCAAAUCAUUCAUUGGGGUAGAUGGUUGUCACUUGAAGACAAGUUUUGGAGAGACAUGGAGGUGGUUUUUGACAAAGCUGCUUGAUGAUAUUGGAGGCAUAGAUUGUCAAAGGUGGAUCUUUAUUUCGGAUCAGCGAAAGGGAUUAAUGUCAGUUUUUUAUGAUAUCUUGAAUGGGGUGGAGCACAGACUGUUUUUACGCCAUUUGUACCAUAAUUACAAGAAAAAAUUUGGUGGAGGCCUACUCAUUAGAGACCUUAUGAUGGGGACUGCAAAGGCAACAUACUAUAAGGAAUGGGAAAAAAAUGGGUUUGCAAGCCUUAGAGAAAAAGUUGACACAUAUCCUGGUAAUGUUAUGCCUAAACCAAGGAAAAGGUUGGAUAAGGAGAUUGAAAAGAGUGGGAAUUGGCUUCCAGUUUGGGCAGCGCGUUCACAAUUUGAAGUAACUCGUGGCUUUACAAUGGACAAGUUUGUGGUUGAUUUAAGUAAUCACACUUGUAGUUGUUACUUUAGGGAUUUGGUAGGAAUACCAUGUAAACAUGUUGUUGCUGCCAUUCAUUACAAAUUAGAAAACCCAGAACAUUAUGUUCAUCCUUAUUAUAAGAAAGAUGUGUAUAGAACUUGUUAUGCUCCUAUUAUAACUCCUAUCAAUGGACAACAACUUUGGCCUACAUCUGACUCUGCACCACUACUACCUCACAUUUAUAAAACACCUCCUGGGAGGCCAAAAAAAUUAAGAAGACGAGAAGUUGAUGAAUAUGUCAGCCAUUCAAAAUUGUCAAAGAAAAAUAUUGGUAUGAAGUGUAGCAGUUGCAAUGCAUAUGGGCACAAUGUAAGAAGUUGUAAAAAUGGGUAG